AUGGACAGACCUAUUCAUAAUAUGGCUGGAAAAAAUAAGCAGGAAACCAUAAAAAUCGACGGACUCGAUUUGGAAGAAGUGGAAGAAAUGUCGGAGAGACUUUCGGAGCUGGAUCACGAGUCAAAGUCAAUGCUAUUCGUGAUGUGCCUGUACACCUUCAACGAACUGCAAAACAAAUUCAUAAAUAACUAUAAAAGGCUCCUGCAGAGCAAGAAAAGUAGCAACGCCCCGUUGACGGACAACGAGGUGUAUUUGUACACGUACCUGAAGCACACGAGGAACAACUUCCUGAACGACCCGCUGGAGGAGGACGACGGGUCGGAGCCUGCGCCGCAGCCACAGGCGCCAGCGCCCGAAACUUCGCUGCUGAGGACGCUCUGGCGGAGAUAUCGCAUCGACUUCUUCAUAAAGGUAAUGCUCAUCAUUUUCCUUUUGAAGCUGCCGUACAUUUUUUUCAUCAUCACGAUCGCAGUGUACCUGCUCUACUGCCUCGGCUUCUUCAGCCUCAUCGCAAGGAUGUCGCAGAACCUGAGGAACACUGAGCACGCGCAGAACAUGCUGCGCCUGGCCUUCAACGUGCUGGACUCAAUAGAGCCGCUGCUGAUGAUGCCAUUCAACCAAAACACCACGGAUCAACGCAACAUGGCCGCAGCGACCACACAGAACGCUCAGGGAGCCCAGACCACGACGAGAACGUCGCCGGAGAGGACUGCGCCGGCGACACAGAGCACAUCGUCAAGUCAACCACCAUUUCAGCAUCCGACGCCGGACACAACAAGUCAAGGAGUCGUGGAAGAGAUGCGCCCACAGCCCGAGGAGAGUAGACCUGAGGAGGCCGUGGCUCAGGCGACAGGAGAACAGCCCCAAAGCACGCGUCAGAAGCCAUCGUACGUGGAGAAGUUCAUAUACCAGGUGUUCCUGUCAUUCAUACUGAGUCUCCUGCCGUGGUGGGAGCCGAAUCCAAUAUACCUGGAGGAGUAG